AUGGACCCUCAAGUUCCUUUGCAGGACAACUUCCUCCGAUUAGCCAUCAACCGUCAAAGUUCAAGCUCUUUCCCGAGCCAUCCAUUUCCCUCCCAACCUGCUGAAAUCAGCAUAGAAUUUGUGCUUUUGGCUAGUUCGUUGGUAAUUCUGACAAUUCGAUUUGCAGCUCCCUUCUGGUUCACGAGCAGGGCCUUCUCAAUUCUCUUCUCAGUGUACACUGCUUUGACUGGUUGUUACAUUUUGCUUGAGGCAGCCGCAGUCGAAGUUCUUGUUAAGCUCACAACUGCCGGAAGCAGAGACGCCGCCGGAAACCGAAUCAGCAUAAUUGCACAAGAUUCCCAACUGGUGGAUCCAUGGAUUUGCAUGGCCGUAAGCACAGUCAGUUUUCUGUUUCUACUUGCCGGUCUGGUAGCAUUCUAUGCCUCGGGAGAACUCCUGUUCCGGCAAGCAGUCAAUAACUACGCACGUCUCAUAGUGGCCGGUGAAUUCGAUUUAAUGUCCCAAAGAAAAACAUCCACAGAAAUGUUUGGGGAGGAUCGGGAGAGCCAGGGCUCGGCCCUAUUCCCGGUUCCUGGACCUGAAGGCGGUCCGCUGUUCAAAAAACCGAUUGAACUUUUUCUUGGUCCAAGUGUUAUUGCGGUGACUACCAAGACCUGGCGCCCCCAUCCUAUACGCAAACAAACAACAAACACGACCACCCAUUCCGUGCUGCCUCAGUCUAUGUCUGGAGCUAGCGACCGCUCAGCCACAUUGCGAUCACGUCGAAUUUCCACCAGCGAGGGCAGCCCGAAAAGAAAUUCCAAAAAAAUCAAGUCAUCAGUCGCCUUUUGGCCAGCUGUGGUUUCUGGUGUAUCUCUAGCCUGUCUGCUUGCCACGCGAGCCUGUCUAUUUGGUCCGAUGCUUCAAUGCUACUGGUACUCUAAAGUCGGUCUUCCCCUCACAUUUGUCAUCUUCUCCAUUCUGUACAUCAUCCUGUGGUUAGUUCUGUGGUUUGGAAUUUCCGUGAAGACCGCCUGGAGGUUUAGGAUGCUGCAUACACCCUCACCAGUCUCCAGCUCCUCACGAACAACCUCGCCUCGUCACAUGCCUCACACUGAAGGUAUGACAGUCCCGCCCUGGCCACUCUCGUAUCACCCAUCAGCCCAGAGAUUUGGUGCAGGCUAUCUCUGGCCGUGGCUGCAGUACCAGCCCGGUUGGGUGGCCCCUAAUGGAGGUAGUCUUGCCUUUGGUAGCUCCCCAGUGCCCUUCGACACGUCCAGACAACCCUUUCCUAGUGAGUCCUACGCUCCACAGAAUGCAAUGCUGGAACGCGGCCCGUCAGCUAUGGACUCGGUAUAUGGCUGUUUCACAGAUAUCGCGCCCGCGGUAAAUGAUCUUCCGCCUGAUCUUAGAUCCGCAGGCGGUUCUGGAGGUCUUCUUCGGGCUGGCCCACCAACCCUUUCAGAUGAAUCGGACAACGCCGUGCAGGCGACACAUACACCAAAUGCUAUGCGGGUAUCUCAUUCGAUCUCUAACGCAAAACUCAGUAAUUACGCCCACCUUCGGCACCAGGGAUCGCCCCCACAACUCCCGACGUCCCAACAGACACAAAUGGAUCACAUGGGGUGUGAUGGUGGCUCCUAUGAGAUAAACAAUGACUCGGACGAAUCGCCACCGGCCUUUAUUUCCGUCAGUCAGAUACGAGCCAGUUUAGACCCCACCUAUGCUAGUCUAGUGAACGGUCGAGCUAGCAGUGGUAGCCCUGAAGCCGGUGAAGUGCAUGGACGCACGAUCAGAGCCUCCUCCUCGUCAAGAAGAAUUGGCCCACCGAGGGUCACAUUCAAGGAGCAGUCAAAGGCGGUCUCAGGCGAUGAGACGUUUUGCACUAAUGCAGUCAGUGACACAAAUAACGGCAGUAGUGACAGUGGAGUCUGUACAAAUGGCAGUGGCAGUCAGCGGCCGCCGAUUGUGAGAAAACUCAGUCUCUCCAACUUUACACUAUUCAACGGAAGUAAAGAUAUUAACCACUCGGACGCCAAUAUGGCCGCCUACGAGAGCCAACUAAGCCCACAAGGCUUCAUCACAACCGCUUCAAACGUCAGACUGGAAACUGAUGAUCGGCUGUGUAGUCAGGUUUAG